AUGCCCCCCAAAAGAAAAGAGGACCAAGGUGAGGUGCUAGCAGACACGUUUCGCUACCCAGACGGGAGUUUCUAUGAGGGGAAGUACGGAGUCAAGCACGAUGCUAAUGCGGAGGCGGUGUCUGCGAGCUCUGUGGCCUCAUCCCUUUCCACCGCAACGAAGAAGCACGCCACCGCCGGUGGCGCUGCUGCUGCGGCAACGGUUGCAUCUUCGUCUGCGCCCGCAACGGUGAAUGCGUACAUGCACGGCUAUGGGAUCCUCGCCGAUUCGUCCUCUGCCCGCUACGAAGGGGAGUGGCGCAAUGGCCUGAUGGAGGGAAUAGGGGUUCUAUCGCUUCCCAGCGGUGGUCGUUAUACGGGGGAGCUUGCACGCAACGAAUUUCACGGGACGGGGCGCUACAUGUGGGCGGAUGGCUCGUAUUAUGAGGGGGAGUGGUGCCGAAACCAGAUGCACGGGGUUGGCGUCUAUGUGGACUGCACGGGCAAGCGAUGGCACGGCACCUUCACCAACGGUAACGCGGCGCAACUUGUUGCAAAAGUGGAGCUGUGA